AUGUCGAUCAUUCCAAGCUUCUUUGGCGGCAGGAGGAGCAACGUAUUUGACCCUUUCUCCCUCGACAUCUGGGACCCUUUUCAGGGAAUCUCCAGCGCCGUUGGAAACAUCCCUGAAUCUUCACAGGAAACAGCUGCAAUCGCCGGGACAAGAAUUGAUUGGAAGGAAACGGCGGAGGCGCAUGUUUUCAAGGCGGACUUGCCCGGGAUGAAGAAGGAGGAGGUGAAGGUGGAGGUUGAGGAUGGAAGGGUGUUGCAGAUAAGCGGAGAGAGGAGCAAGGAACAUGAGGAGAAGAAUGACAAGUGGCAUAGGGUGGAGAGGAGCUCCGGUAAGUUUUUCAGGAGGUUCAGGUUGCCGGAGAAUGCAAAGAUGGAUCAAGUAAAGGCUAUAAUGGAAAACGGCGUGCUGACAGUGACUGUGCCGAAGGAGGAGGAGAAGAAGCCGGAAGUGAAGGCUAUUGAUAUCUCUGGUUAG